UGUCAUUGGCAUGACACAUCAAACGCAUACAGUUUUGAAGGAAAAAGAAUACUGCAGAUUGGAUAAGCUGUACACAUGCAGUUUUGCUUUUAAUGGGUCUUGCACAAGUGUGCGGCGUGUAUGCAAAGAUCCAGGGAGAGAGAGAGAGUUUUGUACAGAGUGUUUGAGAAAGUGAGGCUGUCAAUACUCAAUACCCAGUGGGAUUUUUGGAAGGGAAGAUGGCAAAGCUUGCUUAUAUUCCAGUGACCAUGUUUAGCUUAAUUGUGUUUGUAAUAGUAUUUAUGUGCACAGGAGCAAACGAAGUUGAAGCACAAGCACCAGGGAGUCUUCCUGAUAAUGAAGUGGAAGCCCUUCAAGAAAUAGCUACACAGCUGGGGAAGAAAGACUGGAAUUUCAAAGUAAAUCCAUGCAAUGACUCAAGCUGGAUUACACCAUUUUCAAGUCAGAGGCAAUUGUACAAUAAUUCUGUCAUCUGCAAUUGCUCCAACACGGGUGGUGUAUGCCACGUGGCUAGCAUAUUUCUUAGAGGGCAGGAUCUUGAUGGUAUACUUCCACCAUCUUUGGUUAAGCUACCCAACCUUAAGGAAAUUGAUUUGAAUAGAAACUACCUUAGUGGAAUGAUACCACGAGAAUGGGCUUCAAUGAAGUUGGAAUUUCUGUCCAUCAGUACAAACAACUUAUCAGGACGUAUUGACUACUUGGCAAGCAUUACCACUCUGAGAGCUCUGUCCAUUGAAAGCAACCUGUUCUCUGGCCCUGUUCCCCCUGGGCUUGCAAACUUGGUUGACUUGGAGAUUCUCGUUCUUAAUGCUAACAAUCUCACAGGAGAGUUGCCAGUAGCUCUCACUAGUCUGACCAAAUUAAGAGAACUUAGGAUUAGCAGUAACAACUUCACUGGAAGAAUGCCUGAUUCCUUUCAAAGUUGGAAACAACUUCAGAAAUUAGAGAUCCAAGCUAGUGGUCUUGAGGGGCCCAUUCCUCCUAGCAUUUCGGUCUUAAGCAAUUUAACAGAGCUAAGGAUCAGCGACUUACAUGGAGUAGGUUCACUUUUCCCGAACCUACGUAACAUUGGAGGCCUGAUAAGAUUGAUGUUGAGAAGCUGUAAUAUCUCAGGACAAAUCCCUGGAUAUAUAUCAGAAAUGACACAGCUGAAAAUUUUGGAUCUUAGCUUCAACAGAUUGGAAGGAAACAUUCCAAAUUUGGAAGUUCUAACUAGUUUGGACACCAUUUAUCUGACAAGAAACUUGCUCAGUGGGCCAAUUCCAGACUGGUUCCAGGGCAGAGAUAACCGCUAUCAAGUAGAUAUCUCUUACAAUAAUUUUUCCGAAAGCUCUGCGCCAAACACUUGUCCUGACACCUUAAAUUUGUUCAGAAGCUUUUCUGGACAGGACAACUCAAUUCUUACUGAAUGUCUGAAGAAUAGUCCAUGUUCAAAAGAUCAGUAUUCCUUGAAUAUAAACUGUGGUGGAAAUGCAACCACCAUUGGAAACAUCAAAUAUGAAGCAGAUUUAGAGCUUGGAGGAGCAGCAAAAUUUGUUCGCAUGAUGUCAGAUGAUAGUUGGGGCUUUAGUAGCACUGGAGAUUUCUGGGGUAUUUGGAGUGGUGCACAUGACUACAUAGCAACAAAUGAAUCUGUACUCAAAAUGAAUGACUCCGAAUUGUACAUGGAUGCACGCCUCUCUCCUCUUUCUCUCACAUAUUAUGCGCGCUGCUUGGCAAAUGGAAAUUAUACAGUGAAACUUCACUUUGCUGAGAUAAUAUUUAGAGACAACAGAUCCUUUUUCAGUGUUGGAAGACGGAUGUUUGAUGUUUAUAUCCAGGAAGAACUGGUGCUGAAGGAUUUUGAUAUUGAGAAGGAAGCACAAGGAGUUGACAAAGCAAUUGUUAGGAACUUUACAGCAUUUGUUAAGAAUAAAAUUUUGGAGAUCCGCUUUCACUGGUCUGGGAAAGGGACAACAAAUGUCCCAAAGAGAGGAACAUAUGGUCCUCUUAUAUCAGCUAUCUCCAUAGAUGCUGAUUUCAAACCUCCUGAUGAUAUAAAAAAGAAGAUACUCAUCACAGUUGGAACUGUAGUUUUGGUGUCAAGCCUUAUCCUCCUGAUUUUAGGAAUUCUUUGGUGGAAAGGAUGUUUGGGAGGCAGGACAUCAAGGGAACAAGAACUGAGAGGCCUAGAUCUGCGAACUGGUUUUUUUACAUUCAGGCAAAUUAAAGCUGCCACUAACAAUUUUGAUGCUGCAAACAAGCUAGGGCAAGGUGGCUUUGGAGCUGUAUACAAGGGCACUUUAUUAGAUGGUACUAUAAUUGCAGUUAAGCAACUUUCUUCUAAAUCAAAGCAAGGGAAUCAUGAAUUUGUGAAUGAAAUAGGCAUGAUUUCUGGAUUACAACAUCCCAAUCUUGUUAGACUGUAUGGAUGCUGUAUUGAACGAAAUCAGUUAUUGCUAGCAUAUGAAUACAUGGAAAACAAUAGCCUUGAACAUGCUUUAUUUGAGGAAAGCCGACUGAAAUUGGACUGGCCUACGAGAAAAAAUAUAUGUCUUGGCAUAGCAAGAGGUUUGACUUUCUUGCAUGAGGAAUCAACCCUGAAAAUUGUUCAUAGGGACAUCAAGACUAGCAAUAUACUACUGGAUGGGGACCUUAAUCCUAAGAUUUCUGACUUUGGGUUGGCCAAGCUUUAUGAAGAGGAGAACAGCCACAUUACCACCCGAGUUGCAGGAACCGUAGGAUACAUGGCACCAGAAUAUGCAUUAUGGGGAUAUUUAACAUAUAAAGCAGAUGUAUAUAGUUUUGGGAUUGUUGCAUUGGAAAUUGUUGCUGGGAAGAACAACAUGAAAUAUCGACCAAAUGAAAAUUUUGUAUGCCUUCUAGAUUGGGCCCUUGUUUCACAACAAAAGGGGAAUUUGAUGGAUUUGGUGGAUCCAGACUUAAAAUCUAACUUCAGUAAAGAAGAGGCAGUAAAAAUUAUGAAAGUAGCUCUAUUAUGCACUAAUCCAUCACCAACACUUCGGCCUACCAUGUCUGCUGUAGUAAGCAUGCUUGAAGGCCAAACUGCUGUUCAUGAGUUGAUCAUGGAUCCAAGUAUUUAUGGUGAUGAUUUGAGAUUUAAGGCACUAAGAGAAUACUUUGAUCAGAUCAUGGGACAGGGCUCAGAUGACACCCCGAGUCCCAUUCAUUCAUUGGAUGCAACAUGGAUUGGCUCUUCCACUACAUUAUCGAGUGAAUCUUAAUUCUAGGUUAGGUAACCAUUACAUUGCCCGCCAUGAUGAAAAAUUAUUGUCUACUGAUAAGAAAAUAUAUUGAAUCCCCUGGUUGCAAGAUAUGUGUUUCAUAAAGCUUCUUGUAUAUUCUUGUCAACUUAGGACAAAAAAAAGAAGAAAAUUUAAGAAAAUAAGCUGUGAAAUGAAGCUGAAUAUAUAGUUGAGUAGAAA